UGCCCACCUUCCUUUCAUUGUUUGUCUAAGCAUUUCAAAGCCUCUUUCGAAACCGAAAAAAAAAGGAGAGAUCUUUUUUCGCUGUCGAAGAAGGAAAAACGAGGGUUGGUGAUCGAAGAUGUGCGGAGGGGCGAUCAUCACCGACUUAAUUCCGGCGGGUAAGCCCGACUGGCGGCUGACUUCCGACUACCUGUGGCCGGAUCUGAAGGAGUGCGGAGCUAGCAAGGCGGGGAGGAAGAAGAAGAAGAACGGCGGGCGGCGCCUGCCUAUGGAGGAUGACUUCGAGGCGGACUUCGAGGAGUUCGAGGAGGAGCUGAUGGACUCUGACGUGGAGGUACUCAACCACAGGCCACUUGCUUUCGGAUCCAAAGAUUCACCAAAUGCAUUGAAACCAGUUGAAUUCAGUGGACCUGCAGCUAAGUGUGCUAAAAGGAAGAGAAAGACCCAAUACAGGGGAAUCCGACAACGCCCGUGGGGGAAAUGGGCAGCUGAAAUUAGAGAUCCUCGUAAGGGGGUUCGUGUUUGGCUCGGGACUUUCAACACUGCUGAAGAAGCUGCAAGAGCCUAUGAUGCUGAAGCCCGUCGUAUCCGGGGCAAGAAAGCUAAAGUGAAUUUCUCUGAUGAGAUUCUACCAGCUGUUCAAAAUCAUCCUCUGAAACUAAAUACAGCAAAAGUGCUCAGAUCACACCAACCUGAGAAGUUCAGCUUCAAUAAUCUUACCAAUUUCCUGAUUGAACCAGAGCAGGAUUUCUCAUCUUUCGACUUCCUUGAAGAGAAAGUACACAUUAAGCAAUCUGUCAACAUGAAUUCCUUCACCAGGAUGAAACAAUCUAUGCCAACUGAGGCACAUGAAAUUAAUUUCCAAUCUGAUCAAGGAAGCAACUCUUUUGAUGGUUCUGACUAUAGCAGUGUUACUGAGGGUAAAACUCCUGAGAUCACAACAUUUCUUACUCCAAUCAUGACUGAAACAAUGCCUUCUGAUGACUCUGUCAAACCCUGUGAAGAACUGCCUGUUUUUGAGAAUCCCAUCAAGACUGUGCAGGUACCUUAUCUGGAGAGUGUUAACUCAGAUGACUCUAUUGAGAAUCUUCUAAGUAGUGAUGCGAUUCAGAAUAUGUAUGAUGUUGAUCUUUGGAGCUUCGAAGACCUUCUGUCAAUGUCUGAGAAUGGUGCCGAGGGACCUUAUACUAUGUAAAUAAGGAGCAAUUGAAUCAGUGCUGAAGGAGAAUAGGAGAACCAGGUGCGUCUGCUAGAUUAACUGAUCAAAGAUUUGGGGUAUCCUAUUAUCUUAGGCACUUGAUGUAUUUCAUAUGUUGCUACCAUGCUACUGUUGAUUAUCAAGUACGUCUAAGGAGAUAUUGUUACUACUCAAACAUGCUUGCAUGUCAUGACUCUUGCAGUUAAUGUCUAUGAAGUUCUUGUUGUUACUGUUAUGCUUGGUUGGAUAUCUUCUUGUGCUUGAGAUGUCAUAACUGAGCAUUUAUCAGAUCAAUGUCUAGUCUUAAUAAAAUGUUUGCCGUAUUCAUUUUGCUUCCAUGGUCUGCAUAGGAAGCUGAUGAAAUUUUUUGAUCCAUCAA